GUAGCCGUCGGCGUGCGGUGUCUGUGUGUGUUCUCCCCUGGUAGCUCCUCUCCCGGGUGGUGCCGCGCCUUCGCGGAUGGAAGACUGGUUGACCGUGUUCCACACUCCUACCUUCGCCUGCGUGUCCGACCGAUGUAUCCCAGCGGGUGGGUGUUGGCGAGCAACAUCCCUGACCAGUGGCAGUGUAGUCAAGAGUUGUUGUGGUGAUUCAGAAGCUCGGUUUGUUUGUCAGCGGCGUAUUGUUGAAGAUAGGGAUUGAUGUGACCACCAAACCCGGUCUCAUGACAACGCAGACACGCAAAUAAGCGCGAGCCUCAUGGGCCCAACACUGCUUCAGUAUCUUUGUUUUUAACCAAAGCGAGAAAUAAUGAGCUCCAGCGCCACACCGCUUGACGCCGACGCAAUCAAAGCGCGCAUCACGGGUUUCGGCGGUGGUUCGUCCUCCUCAACGGCGGCAAACAACGGCCAGCAAGACAGCAAUGACAAAACAGACCAACCUUCCGCUGACCAACAAGACAAACCUUCCUCCGGAGAAAAUCUCCCCAGUAGCUCGGAUGAGAGUAACUACGUGAAAGUCGAAUUUCCAUCAUUCACAGACGAUCCGGAUUUCCCAAAGAGCUUUCGAUCUACAGGCUCUACUGCAGAAAGAAGUAAUCCGACAGCUGGUCAUGGCGACACAACUACGGCAAGAAGUGCAAGCAACAGCGGGCCAGACAAUUCAUCCGACCAGUCGACGACGACAAAUCCACCCGCAGAUGGUGCUUCCGCGUCCACCAGCGCUGCGUCUUCGAAGAUCACCGAAACGGCCCAGCAAGUCCACGUUGCCAUCAGUGAAUACUCCAACAAAGUCGGGGCUUGGGUCGGCGACAUCUGGAGCUCGGUGUCCGAAACCAUUCAGAAGAAAACGACGGAAACGCUGCACGUAUCAAAUGCAAAAAUGUCUGGGUCUGGAAUGUUGCCGGGUUUGUCAUGCAUAUUUUGCAUGACCCAGGAUGUCUGUGAUGCACGCCCUAGCGUCACAGAUUUUUAGAGGGCAUACUGAUGACUACUCCGCACGACAAAUGCCCCCCCCGCGUAGCACAAACUAGACUCCUCUUGCUGGUCAUGCAAUACAGAUUUUUUUAGAGUCGAAAGCUAGCAUCACAAGUUCCAACCUUCCAGACCCAGACACUUUUGCAAUCCAUAGCGCGGGAAGGAAAGCAAAACUACAGACGCGGGUGGGGAAGUUGCAGAGGGAGGUGAAAGUAAGGAAGCUGGUGGCGGUUCAACAUCCGGCGUUGACAAAAGCGGAACAAAUGCAUCAUCAAAACCGGAAUCAAAGCAGCAAGUGGGUGUGCCCUGGUCGAAGGUAGUUACAACGACUGCGGAACCAAGUGGCGAAGAGGACAGUAGUGCUUCUCCAGACCAAUUGCUGGGGAAACGUAACAAGAGUGUGGACUUGCUGGGCGGGGCUGAAGAGGAAGAGGAAGCGGAAACUCUCGGGGGCAGUAAGGAGCAGGUAAGUACAAUGAUACCUGACAGAGUAACGAAGCCGAAACAUUCGUGCACGGCACAAUUUAUUAGAAUGCUUUAUGCAAAAAUUUUAGCACUAGCAAUGAUCAAAUCAGCUUUUGUAAAACAGAUCUUGCAUACCACGACAGGACCUACUCAAAAGUGCCCCCGCACGCACUCGUCCUGAGGUCGACCUAUUGUCGCUGCAGUCUCCGACGGAUGACGUGGUGCCGGAGCCCGCUAGUGGUCCACCUCUCACGGUGAAAAAAGAGCAGGCUUCUUCCGGAUCGGGGACUGUUCAAGGCAGUAGUUCCAGCUCUGCGUCUUCUUCCGCGGAAAAUAACGAAAAUGAGGACGACAAGUCGCCCAUGCCGUAUUUACCACCAGAAGACCAGGACUCAGGGGUAAAAGGCGAAGCAGUAGAUGUUUUUGAUGCACACGACGACCCCAACUACGCCAACCCGUCAACAUCAACCGCUUUCCAGCCCCCAUCCCGGACAUCCACCUCUCCCUCCCCUACGAAUAAAGAAAAGCAGGCGAAUCGCGAGGAAGAAGCGAAAAAAAUUGUGCAAAACUUGUUGGAAAUCAAAUCCCUCACGAGCAACAAACCGAGCAAUGCGGAGUUGAAGCAGUUUUGCGAACAGUGUGUGAAGCUGAAAUCGAAUUCCACGGUUGUAGCGGAGAUCAUUCAGAAUCUGUCGUUCUACAGCGGGGAUGACGACUGGCGGACGCGGCUGCGGUUGCUCUACGGCGUGAAGCAGUUGUUUUACGAGUCGAAGUCCAUUUUCAAGGCGGUGCUGCGAGAUGCAGAGCCAGUAAUCGAAGGUUUGGCGGAGAUGGACCAGACUAGGGAAAUUGCGAUGGAGGUAUUUUUUAACAACAAGGCUGCCGCGCAGUUUUGCGUGCUUGCAGUUGCAUCUGGGACUUAUUUUCACAAGGAAAAUCCGAUAUUUACUGUAGAGGUUGUUCUGAGAAAGACUUAGUCACUGAAUUCAAAACCUCUUUAUUUCAGGUUCUAAAUCUGAAGCGCGGUGUCCCACGCCCAUCCGCUGGCGAAGCAGGUGCGUCUGCUUCAGACGCAGGACCCACCACAAAAACCGUCACAACAACAAACCUCUUGGGCGGCGAGGAAAGCCCGAAGCCGCCUCCGAUGAAACUCGACGACUUUAUCGAGCCCAGUUUGAUCGAAUCGCUGCAACAACCGCCAAAAACGAAUCUUCUGCCUUCCUCACCAAGUGGCGUUGGUGUAGAAGACCUUUUCUCAACAGCAACUUCCACUUCGUCCGCCACAGGAACAACUACUGCAGAGAUGAGCAAAAUCAAAGUAAAAGUCCCGACGCCAACAAUCGAUUCGAAAGCAGCUGCUUCGAGUUCGUCAUCUUCGAAAAAUAACGCAAAAUCGACAGCAAAACCAACCAGAACGCAGAAGAUCGCAGCGCUGCAGGAGAAGAAAAGGAAUAGUACAGUGACGGUAAGUUCCGGGCACUCGCCGAACGAUUCGUCUGUUUCCCAAUCAGUGGAAGCGGAAAACGAUUUGCUGAGCCUCAUGUCUUCCCCCGGAGCAGCAGGUGGUGCGCAGUCAGGAGCAUCGCCCUUGUUGACCACGAUGAGCAACCCGCUUGCUGGCAAUGCGAUUCUCCGGUUACCGUCGCCGAACGAAAACUCCAAUGCCGUUUCUAGCAUCGCAAAUCCACUCCCAAACGCGGCGGGGGGUCCGUCGUCGCCUUUGCUGGGUCUGUCGUCGCCGGAAAUACAACCUAGGGGAACUGUGGAUGGGGCGUUUGGAGCGAUCGGGGGUAAUAUUGGCACUACGGGCGGGAAUCGGAUCACACCGGGUGGAGGAGCGGGAAUCGCAAAUGGUAUAAGUGCAUACUUUAAGUUUAACACAGUCAAGUCUUGCUCCUGGGCGUGGUCUGUUUCAUCUGCAAGACAAAUUUUGAUUUUCACGUAUGGUUUCAUCUGCAUGACAAACUCAACUUACUUGCGAAAUCAGAUCGCUUUGCGGCAUUGGACAUGGCGGCACGGGGGAUCGACGACCAGCCAAGCGUCUUGGAGAAAGGGGACAAGGCGUUCGAUUUUGUGGACGAUUUGAUGAAGAAGUAGAGGAAAGGAAAAAUUAGAAAAUAUUUCCGAUUGUGAACGUCGAGAAGUGCUAAAUUAAGUCGAUUGAAAUUGACAAACUUUUGCUGAUGUUGCUUCACCGCAUGUAUGAUAUCGUAAGCUAGCAUGAUCAGAUCCAGACCGCGACGAUACCGAUUCGUCUUUGAAGAGCAAGUAGGCCCAGACCACGCUCUUAAUAAAACCUGUUGCUGGAAGGAAAGACUGAAACACAUGGCAAAGACACUGCUGGAGCAGUGACUUCAUCGCGCGAUUUUUGUACGAAAAAAUUUGUUUUGUAAGAUUUGAAUUUGAUGAAGAUGACGAGGAGUGCUCCUAAACACGAGGGGGCGACAAGAUGUUGCAGUUCGGAA